CCACACAAGGAGUCAAUUGCUAAAGGGCUGAGCACGUCAAUGGUGGCAAUUAUUUGCCAAUUGCCUUUGAUCAACUGGUCAGUACCUUCCAUGUAGUUCCUUCUUAUCUUCCUUACUAUUCUUGUGUCCGUAUUGAGAAUCACACCAUGUGUACGCCCAUACACACGAGAGCCACACCAUCUAUAUGUCCACACACACAAGAACCACACCAUUUAUACGUCCACACACACACAAUUAAACGGGACUCCUUGUAUUGGGAUUCGGGAGGGUGUUUCUCUACAUGCUUAUGCUCUAAACUUCGACCAUUUCUAAGUCCUUCACCUUCUUCUCAAGCUACGUUAAGGUCUUGGACUUGCUUCUUGCUUCUGCAAUUCCGAAAACCCUAAUGGCUUUAGCAAUUCCUUUAGGUUUCCUCUUCUUGUUUCCCAUGUUUUCUCCGGCUUGGGGAGUUGAGUUUUUGUUCAACGGAUUCAAUGGAACCGAUGCAAAUGACCUGAUCUGCGAGGGGGCGACUAUAAUCAAGCCCUCCGGCAUGCUCAAGCUCACGAACACAUCACAUAAUAUUAAAGGCCAUGCAUUCUAUCCCAAACAUAUAAACUUAUUUGAUAAAAACUCUUCUUCUUCGUACCCUAAUGCUUCUUCCUUCAGCACACAAUUUGUUUUUGCAAUAGUCUCCCCAAGUUCCGGCCCCGGAGGCUUUGGCCUAGCCUUCACACUCUCUCCCUCUCCAAAAUUCCCCGGGGGGGAACCCGGGCAUUUCCUUGGGAUUUUCAACUCCACAACUGACGGUAAUCCCUCCAACCACAUCUUUUCUGUGGAAUUCGACACGGUGAAUGGAUUUAAAGAGAACUCCAACACUGCAGGAAACCAUGUUGGUAUAAACAUCAACAGUGUCGACUCUGAAGCAUCUGAACCGGCUGCGUACUUUGUCAAAGGAGCACACAAAGAAGAAGUAAACUUGGAGAGCGGUGAUCUCAUCCAAGCUUGGAUAGACUAUGAUGGCGAAGCUCAAAAGCUGAAUGUCACAAUAUCUCCCAUACACGUGGAGAAACCCGAGAAACCGCUAUUGUCAGAAACUAUCAAUUUAUCUACUACUCUUCAAGAGACUAUGUACGCCGGCUUCUCUGCAUCCACCGGAGAACAAGCAAGCUCUCAUUACAUAAUAGCGUGGAGUUUCGCGGUGGACGGAGCACUGAGACCAAUCAAUAUUUCUCAACUUCGUAAACCGGCAAAAGAGAAAGGCUCAUCCUCUUACAAACCUGAAAUCAAGGCUCUUAUAAUCGCCUUAGCGGUUGUGGUAUCCAUGUUAUUGGUAGUUUUGUUGUUCUUCACCUUGUACAAAGGACGGCAUGAUGAGUUUGAGAGUCUUGAGGAUUGGGAGCUGGAUUCUCCUCACAGGUUCAAGUACAAGGAUCUUUAUGCAGCAACAAAGGGUUUCAAGGCCUCCGCUGUAGUUGGAGCCGGCGGUUGUGGUGAAGUUUACAAGGGCGUCUUACCCUCUAGUGGAUGUGAAAUCGCGGUUAAGAAGAUAACCCGAAAUUCUAUCCAAGGAAUGAGGGCCUUCGCCUCAGAAAUUGAGAGCUUGGGAAAGUUGAGGCACAAGAACUUGGUCCAUCUCCAAGGCUGGUGCAAGAAGAAGAAGAACCUCCUCAUAGUCUACGACUACAUCCCAUACGGAAGCUUAGACUCACUCAUUUUUGGGUCCGAAGACAACUUUGUGUUGAGCUGGGCACAAAGAUUCAACAUCCUCAAAGGCGUUGCAUCAGGGCUUUUGUACCUGCAUGAGGAAUGGGAGCAAGUGGUGAUUCAUCGCGAUGUUAAGUCGGGUAAUGUCUUAAUAGAUACAGACAUGAACCCGAGGCUAAGCGACUUCGGCCUUGCUAGGCUGUAUGAUCACGGAGAAAUAUCACACACUACAGCUGUGGUUGGCACAAUUGGGUAUAUUGCACCAGAAUUGGCUCGCACAGGGAAGGCAUCCACACGCUCUGAUGUGUUUGCAUAUGGAGUUCUGCUCCUUGAAGUGGCUUGUGGACAGAGACCUAUCGGCUCAGGCGAGUUCAUAUUGGCAGAUUGGGUUAUGGAGAAUCAUGUAAUGGGUCGCAUACUGGAUACAGUUGAUCCAAAUUUGGAUUCUAAUUUCGUUGUUAAAGAGAUGAAGUUGGUGCUGGAACUAGGUUUGCUUUGCACUCACUACCAACCAGAAGCUAGGCCUACCAUGAGACAAGUGGUUCGAUAUCUCAACGAGGAUGAGCAGCUUCCUGAAGUCGAAAACUGGAACCUUGUUGAUUCCAGGCGGGUCAGUGAAAUGAACUCCAGAUUUAUGAAUGUCCUUUUGGGUGAUACGAUCACAUCGUACCCUUCAUCGACCAUAGGUGAGAUGUCCUGCAGUUCCAUGAACACCGGCAGAUAGUAGCGCUAAUGUACUUUUCAACGUAAAUUCUUUUCAUUUAUUUAUUUUCGAAUCAACAUUGUAACACUUGUUUCAUACAGAGAUACAUAUUACAAAGAUUAUCUCAA